CCGAGAGAGAAAGCACACAGGAAGAAGAGGAGCCCUGACGGAGCGGCUAGGGAGUGAGGAGAGUGCCCAGUCUCCUGCGGAGCCCGUCUAUUCCCCAUGGUCCUUACGGAGUACCCAGCAUCCACUACGGACUACGAGAAAUAGAUUUACCGCUGUCCAUAUCUGAGGAUCUCACCAUGGUAUCCGUAACACUGGCCACUUCUGAAUGGAUCGCCUUCUUUAAAGAGGCCGGGAUUCCUGCAGGACCUGCUGUCAACUAUGCCGUGAUGUUUGUGGACAACAGGAUCCAGAAAACAAUGCUGAUGGACCUCAAUAAGGAAAUCAUGAAUGAGAUGGGGAUAACCGCAGUGGGUGAUGUUAUUGCCAUUCUAAAACACGCCAAGGUGGUUCACAGACAGGAUAUAUGUAAAGCUUUGACAGAGCCCAACAGCCAGACCAGCAUACAGACUGAGCUACGCCGGAGCGCUAACAGCCCAGCUACAAGAAUGAUUGCCAAUAGCCUGAGUCGCGAUUCGCCACCAUCCACACCGGUUCGCAGACCUGAACCAAGCACAUCCAAGAUCUCUGUGACAGUCUCAAAUAAAGUGGCUCUGAAGAAUGCUCAAGCAGCCAUGUCUGAUCCAGCAGAUGACACUGAUGAGGUACCCCAUAAACAUCGCAGGGUGACAGCCGAAAUGGAGGGGAAAUACAUUGUUAAUAUGCCGAAAGGAACCACGCCACGGACCAAGAAGAUCCUAGAGGAGCAAGUGGCAAUAGGCGUGACCAGAACGUCCGUCUUUGACAGGCUGGGGGAAGAAAGCAAAUCGGAUACUGUUGCUGGAGCGAAGCCCACCGGAGUAUUUAGCCGCUUAGGGGAUACGAACGAGCGAUCAGAAAGUGAUGACGAUAACAGCGUUCUGCAGUAUGCGGGUGUCUUAAAAAGAAAGUCUGCUCCUGUUUCUAGAGAGAGGCUGACCCCUGGGAUCACUAUCAAGGCCAAGGCCACCAGCUCUGAGCAGAAGCCGCCCCUCAUUUCCACAAUCAAGAAAGUGGCCACAAAGCCUCCGGCUAGUGCCCCUGCCAAGCUUUCUGCACCAAAAAUCAGCCUGGCACAAAGGCUGGGCACCAUCCAGCAGGUACCUCCUGAAGAGGAAAGAAAAAGAAAGGUGCCGUCAGCUGCCCUGGCGCGGCGUCUGGGAACACAGCAAGCAGUCGCUCAGGACAGCAAGGUCACCAGCACUAAGCCACCUCUAGCGCCAUUUAGAGUCACCAUCAAGAGGACUUUGGGGAACACCCGCGUGAGCAGUACCAGCGACAAUAGCAGCGCUCAGAUGGACAACACUGGGAGCGUCAGCGUCUUUAAGCGGCUGGGAAGGAAGACUGUAUAAAAUAUACAUAACUGAAGUUUUGUUUGGUUUAGAAUGGAACGCACACAGGGCCAUCCAGGUCCAGCCAUCCUGUAGCUAGCGCACCAGACCUUGCCGUCAUCUGUAUUGGCUGGCUGGCAGGACUCCUGUUACACCGCAGCGAAGGAAGAGCGUGCAAGCAGGGUGGUCAAACUGCCACCACCAUAUUUAUUACUAAGGUAAUAGUAGCAGUGGUGUUUUUUUAUGAUUAAAUAUUUUAUUAGAACACAAA